AUGCCCCUCUCCCAUGCAAUUUCCUCCGCCGUCAACGAUGAGUUCCUCUCCAUGACUCCUCCAGAGCCCUCGGACAUGGCUCUUUCGGCCUCCAAAGUGUCUGCCAGUGCAGUAUCGACCGCAAUCCACGUUAUCUCCACCGAGCGGGCGGCCUUGGCGCACUUGGAGCAGAUCUACCAGACCGAUGCGCUUGCCCAGGAACACCUUGCGCGCGCAGUGACUCAGAUCGUACGCACCAUCAAGCAUGGCGGGAAAUUGGUCUGCUGCGGAGUGGGCAAGAGUGGCAAGAUUGCCCAGAAGUUGGAGGCCACCAUGAACAGUCUAGGCAUUUACAGCGCUUUUUUGCAUCCGACGGAAGCCCUACAUGGCGACCUUGGCAUGAUUCGACCGCAUGAUACCCUUUUGUUAAUUUCCUUUUCCGGGCGCACCCCCGAACUCCUGCUUUUGCUUCCGCAUAUACCGUCGACAGUGCCAGUGAUUGCCAUCACCUCCCACCUGCAUCCGUCCACCUGCCCCCUCCUGUCCUUCCACCCCUCGCACAUGGGGAUGCUGUUACCUGCCCCCAUCCACGAGGAUGAAGAGUCCUCCAUUGGCGUGAGUGCCCCGACCUCGUCCACCACGGUAGCCUUGGCACUGGGGGAUGCCCUGGCUAUCGCCACGGCGCGACGACUGCACACCACUCCGGGCCGGGGCCCGGCCGAGGUUUUCAAGGGGUAUCAUCCAGGCGGGGCAAUUGGGGCUGCCUCGUUGGCGUUGACCCCUAUGAGCAUGUCCUCGGCCUCCAGCACGUCUACUCCAUCCGACUACCUCCCCACGCAGGGAUCGCUCAGCUCGUUCCCUCAAACGGACAGCAAGGACGGCCAACGACCGCGCGUCGCGGAUAUGUCCACUGCUCUCGACCAAGUCCCCAAGAUGUCGGCGUCGGACAAGAUCCGCCUCCUGGACAUCCUUCUUACAGCCAUUCAACAUCCCCAUGCGCAGUCAUGGGUAUUCCUGUCUCCGUCGGAGAUCAUUCCUCCUCGACAUCUCCGCUUCCUUUCUCAGAGCAACUACGUGGAUAUGCAAGUGUCCUCGUUUGUUGAUCUGGGUCUUCCCUUUAGCGUGCCCCGCAAGGACUGGCUUGAAAUUCCGAGCUCCAGCACCGUCGACGAGGCCCGCCGGCUAGUGUCCGAGGCUAAUGCCGCGGCCAGUACGUCUGUGGUUGUGGUUGCCUUGAUGCAUGAUGGCGAGUGCUUGGGCGUGAUCGAGGCCGAGGAUCUGUGGAAUGACUGUGACGAUUAG